AUGGGGGUCGAAACGAACACACUCCCUGGACCCGAAUUUGAAACUGUGGAGCUCUCCUGUGUCAUUGAGUCCAUCUCGUCGCCCAGUCCUCGGAUCGAAUGGAAGAAGAUCAAAGAAGGAAACCCAAGCUACGUGUACUUCCAAGGCAGAAUCUCAGGUGACCUGGAGAACCGUGCGCGCCUGAGAGAACCGGCAUCGCUGGUCAUCGAGAACGCCAGUCGCACAGACACAGCACAGUAUCGCUGUGAAGUCACCGCCCCGGACGACCAGCGCAGCUUCGCUGAACUGCUCAUCGAUUUGGUGGUCCGAGUGAAGCCUGUAAUGCCCAAAUGUGCCGUCCCGACCGCUGUUCCGGUCGGGAAGCCAGCAGAAUUCCUCUGCUCCGAGGAGGAGGGUUUUCCCAGGCCAAAGUUCCAGUGGUUCCGGAACUCUGAAGAGAUCCCUAUCGAUCCCAAAACCAGCCCCCGAUUCAUGAACGCGUCAUACACAAUGGACCCUGAGACAGGAGUGCUGAGCUUUGGAGCCGUCAGAAAGGAGGAUGGAGGAGAGUAUUUCUGUCGAGCGAAGAAUGAAGCAGGAUAUUCUGAAUGCAGGGCUCAGAAGAUGGAAGUUUAUGAUUUGAAUGUGGCUGGAAUCGUACUCGGUGUGGUGGUUGUGAUAACAGUGUUGGCCCUGGUAACGGCAGGAAUCUGCUGUGCAUACAGAAGAGGCUACCUCCACAGCCAGCAGAAGGAUGACAAGUUCAAGGCACCAGCUAAAAGUGAUGGUGUUGACUAUGUACGGACAGAGGAGGAGGGCGACUUCCGGCACAAAUCCUCCUUUAUUAUCUGAGAGCGGAGAGACAGACAGAGACUCUUUACUUUGGAGGACGACAAGUCCUUUCAAGGACUAACAAUCAAAACCACAGCUGUCCAUGAUGUCAGAUAGCAACAAUCACUAUGGUGAUGGAGAUGCCAUGUCGCAUAGCAACUUUGGACAAUUUCUUUGCUACAUAUUUUUGAAUCUAAAUGCAGGCACACACACAGGUUAUACACACAUGCACACACACACACAUACACACACACACACACACACACACACACACACACACACACACACACACACACACACACACAUAAGCAGUUUCCAGUGUGCCUUUUCCUUUUUGUUGAAAAACCAUCAAUCAGCUCACGCCCACACACACACACACACACACACACACACACACACACACACACACACAUAUACUUGCUUCUACACUCUUAAACAAUCAUAUUGUGGUAAAGCUCGGCACACAAAAACACAUGAGCACGCUUUCCACCCCAGACAUGAACACACACACACACACACACACACACACACACACAACAACAACAACAACAACAACAACAACAACAACAAUAACAGUAACAAUAAGUAAACACACUUAAAGUUUCUCCCCCUCUAUCUCUAUCUCUUUCUCUUUAUUUUUCACACAUACACACACACAGACUGAUUUGAUACUGGAAUCUGGAUACUGGUUACUGGAUAAUUCACACACACACACACACACACACACACACACACACACACACACACACACACACACACACACACACACACACACACACACACACACACACACUUGACUGCACUUCUGUUUCAUGAUACAGGACAUCAGAUGAGUCUAUAACUCUCUCUCUCUCUCUUUCUCUCUCUCUCACACACACACACAUGCACACAUACAGACACACACACACACACACACACACACACACACACACACACACACACACACACACACACACACACAUGCACACACACUCUCCUACACACACACAUACAUGUGCAAACACUCUCUUUAAUACAUACACCACACAUACACACCCUCUCGGUCACACAGUCAUACCCCUACACACUCUCUCAUAAUCAUACACAGCAUAUAUAUUUUUAUGAGCUUAAAGAUGUCUCUUGGUGUGUCUAUGUGUAUUCAGAGUUCAUUGCCAAAGGAAAGAAAAUGAUUCAAAAGCAUUUUAUGACUGAUGAGAAUCUGAGAAUCAGUCAGCACCAUCUUCAUAUCACUGGUCCUGACUCAUCUCCUGUCUCCUGUCAGAUAGUUUGUACAGGAAGCACACACACAAAUAGUCUGUGUGAAUACAGACACACACACACACACACACACACAUACAUAUCAGAUAGUCCUUGUAAGUAUACUCAAAUGUCAGAUGUCAUUGAAAUUUGUGCUGUUUCAUCUGUGUGUCUGUGUUUGUGUGUGCGUGUGUAUGUGUGUGUGUGUGUGUGUGUGUGUGUGUGUGUGUGUGUGUGUGUAGAAUAUGGCAUAUCUAGUAGCUGGAAUUCCACAUCAACCCAAAGUAUGAGAGGCAGGUUUCCGUGUAUGGGUUAAGCCUAGGGUUGGUGUUAAGGGUUAAGGGUAGGGUUGGUGUUAAGGGUUAAGGGUUAAGGGUAGGGUUGGGCUUAGAGUUAAGGGUUGCGGUUAGGGUUAAUAGUAGGGGUGGGGUUAGAGGUCGUGGUUAGGGUUAGGGAUAAAGUUGGUUAGGGGUCGAGGUUGGGGUCAGGGCUAGUGUUUUUGUUCAAUGGAAAUUUUCAAGGAAGUUUUCUUUUAGUCCAGAGGUGCGUUCAAAUGUGCAAACAUAGGCGAACAUUUUUUACGAACAGGUUUCUGUUUGCCCUUGAGAACGUUUGCGAACACCUCCUCCAGUCUGAGGAGGUAGUUCUCUGCAAACAUGCAGUGGAGCUGGACAAAGUGUUACCGUUACAAUGGAAUGUUUACACUAAAUUGUUCAAAUUCAACUGUUCAGAGAAAACAUGUUUGCCUAUGACCGCUCGCCACUGUUUGCCACAUUUUGAACGCAUCUCAGGUCUAGGCUUAAUCCAUAUAUGGGAGUGUGUCCUGUGGCGUCCCAUCAGCACGUCACUGCCUUGCAGUGCCUUCCGUCAGAGCCGUGACCUCUGUGUGGACGCAUGACCUCUGUGUUGGCACACGACCUUGGUGUGGACGCAUGACCUUGGGCUGAGCUUCAAGGUAUGAUUUCAGUAGACAUGUCAUUUUCAGACCUCACAGAUGGAUGCCGAAUGCCUUGUGAGGCCAUCCAUGUAUUUAUGUACACAAAGAGAGAAAAAGAAUCAUUCAGCUUUUUGGUUAAUGAAUCUGAAUAGGCGUACACAUUGUUUCUUGAUAGAAAAUAUGAUGUAUUUUUUCUUGUGUGUGUGAUUUUGUUACUAACUGAAAAAACCCUGAUAUUGUUGAGACAUUUUAUUUUUAUGGUCUGAUGUUGAAAGCAAGAAUAUAUUUUAGCGAGUCAUACAGAGGAAUGAGAUGCAUUCUCUUGCAGGGUGUGUUGAUAGCUGUUGUGUUAUACACUUUUUUGAGAUGAAAAUGUUGGAAAAAUUCAAAUAAAAAGUUUCAAAAAAUGUG